AUGGACUACUUGCCUCUGUGCCUGGCACCAUUGAGGGCCUUCACAUGUAUUAAUUCACAUACAAUGUGUAGGUAUGAUGUUCUCACUUUAAAAGGAGAGUACCGAGGCUCAGGGAAUUCUGUUCUGUCCCUUGAGAAAGAAGAGAAGGUUCUUCUGGAGACCUUCUUUGUGUUCCCCAUGGAUGAAGACUCUGCUGUCUACAGCUUCAAGGCCUGGGUGGAUGGGAAGAAAAUUGUGGCAGAACUACAGGACAAGAUGAAGGCCCACACCAAAUAUGAGAAUGCCCUCUCCCAGGGCCACCAGGCCCUCCUGCUAAAGGAGGACAAGUACUCCAGGGACGUCUUCUGUUGUAACAUAGGGAACCUCCAACUUGGAUCAAAGGUCGCACUCACACGGCAGUAUGUGCAGGAGCUGCCCUUGGGAGCAGAUGGGGCCCUGCGCUAUGUGCUCCCGGCCAUUCUGAAUCCUAGAUAUCAGCUCUCUGGUAAGAAGACUGAGGACAGUUGUGUUAACAUGAAGACUCCGAUAGUUCCUCCGGAGGACCUGCCCUAUACACUCAGCAUGGUCACCACUAUCAGUUCCCAGCACAGUAUUGAAAGGGUGCAGUCCAACUGCUCCUCAAGUCCUGUCAAGUACCUGGGAGAUGACAAGACCGCUGCUCAGGUCUCCUUGACUGAUGGACACAAGUUUGAUCAAAAUGUGGAACACCUGAUCUACUACAGUAGGGUGCAGCCCUCCACUGUGGAAAUGGGGAUGCUUGUCAUGGAGCCAGAGUGUUUGAUGGGAGACCCAUCAGCAAUGGUGAGCUUUUAUCCAGAUAUCCCAGAAGCUCAGUCACCUGUCUGUGGAGAAUUUGUCUUCCUUGCGGACCACUUGGGAAGUAUGCAGUCCCCAAUGAGUGUCCAGGACAGAUCUCAGCUGCAUAUAGAGGCAGCCAAAAUAAAUACUGUCCCUUUGGAUUUAGAAAUGACUGUAUAG